ACGCGGCCUGGGGCGCAGAGCAGGGACCCCCCGCCCCACCGCGGGGUCGGCCCGGGAGGCGCCGCGCUCAGAGCCAGAGGUGGGUGAUGCCAAGCACAGCCAUGAAGAAAAAGGUGCUAUUGAUGGGUAAAAGUGGGUCUGGAAAGACCAGCAUGAGAUCCAUUAUCUUUGCAAACUACAUCGCCAGAGACACACGGCGCCUUGGUGCCACAAUUGAUGUGGAACACUCCCAUGUUCGAUUUUUGGGAAACCUGGUGCUGAACCUGUGGGACUGUGGAGGACAAGACACCUUCAUGGAGAACUACUUCACCAGCCAGCGGGACAACAUCUUCCGCAAUGUGGAAGUCCUGAUCUACGUCUUCGACGUGGAGAGUCGUGAGUUGGAGAAGGACAUGCACUACUACCAGUCGUGUCUGGAAGCUAUCCUGCAGAACUCUCCUGAUGCCAAGAUCUUCUGCCUAGUGCACAAGAUGGAUCUAGUGCAGGAGGACCAGCGUGAUCUGAUUUUUAAAGAGAGGGAGGAAGACCUGAGGCGACUGUCCCGCCCCCUGGAGUGUGCAUGCUUUAGAACGUCCAUCUGGGAUGAAACACUUUAUAAGGCUUGGUCCAGUAUAGUCUAUCAACUGAUUCCUAAUGUCCAGCAACUAGAAAUGAACCUGAGGAACUUUGCUCAGAUUAUAGAAGCAGAUGAAGUUCUUCUGUUUGAGAGAGCCACUUUCCUGGUUAUUUCCCAUUAUCAGUGCAAAGAACAGCGCGAUAUCCACAGAUUUGAGAAAAUCAGCAAUAUUAUUAAACAGUUCAAGCUGAGCUGCAGUAAGCUGGCUGCUUCUUUCCAGAGCAUGGAAGUCAGGAACUCUAACUUUGCUGCUUUCAUUGACAUCUUCACAUCAAAUACAUAUGUGAUGGUGGUCAUGUCCGAUCCUUCCAUACGCUUGCGCGAAUGAAGAUCAUCCUUGUUAUAUGGAAGUAGCUGAAAGUAAUACUCCCACUUAACAAGAUCGUAGUCCUUGCAUUCAGGUCUUCCUCCUCCUGAGCAGGGAGAUGCUGAGAAGGGCAAGGGACAAGUGUAUAGAAGUCCGAUGAGAUAACAGAUCUCAUUGCCCCGCUGAAAAUGUUGCACUCAGUCAUCUGUGAUCUCAAAAAGGCAGUCUGACAAUAUUAGACACCAAUGUGACUCUACAUUAUGGUCUAACUUGUUUUACUGGACUUGUGCUUGAUUCUCCAUUAAACAUAGGAAAACAAAAGCACUAUCAACUGGGAAAAUCUAUAACCUCUAAGAGUUGUUGAAUGGGCUGAUAUUCCUUUGAGCAAUUAUUUCUGCAUACAGAGUGAUGUUACUCUAGGAAAAAGAGGACGUAUUGAGUCUAAAAGAGGUGUGGCACUUGUUUUAUAUAAUCCCUUACUCUCUCAUGUUGUCUCAAAGUCAGCCUAGUAGAAGGUAAGUUUUUUAUGUGAGCACUAAAAUGUGAAGUGCGUAUCUUCGCUUAAGACAAGCUAAUAGGAUGCCGCCAAAUUUUUAUCAUCUCUAAAUCUUUGCAUUAUUUUAUACUAGUACCCCAAACAGCCUGUUUAACAAGCAUGUUUAUAUAAAGAUCCUGUGUGACUAGCGCGAUCUUCAAUCCAAAGAGCUGUCAUGCCAGCAUCCCAGCAAGAGUGGAAUUGUGUAUUACCCAUGUGUAUAUUGAAGAGUCAGGCAUUUGAGUACCUGGGAGACUUAUGACUGGAUUAUGAAAGUACAAUAAGGUUCUUAGUUGUCUGUAAUCCUUCUAGGAAAAAGGAUAUGGAGGACAGUGGCAGGACGAGGAAUGUGAAGUGUUGGUGUGGCAUAUACCAGCCACUACAAACUCAAGCUGGCCCCUACUUCUAGCAGCAAGCAGUGAAAUUGCCAUGCUUCCCUCCACCUUAUUGACUACUAUCUCUGUUCUAAAUUCAAUCAGUGGAGUUGUUCCUGAUUUUUUUUUUUUUUUUUUUCCCCACCCAAGAACUAUCCUCAGUGCUUAUCUCCUGUGCUAACAUGCUGGCUGAAUUCAGGGAACUUCAGCUAGUGAAACCUCCAAACAAUUAGCAAGAAGGAUUCUGACCCUGUACUUGAGAGCUUUCCUUCUGCAAACUUCAGACAUUGCAGAGGAAGCAGAAAAUGGCCUGUAGCUACAAAUUCUGAACAUUCUCCUCUGAAGGCUGAGGCAUCCGUCAUUCUGACUUAGAUUUAAUCUCACCAUCCCCUGAUGCAGCUAAACAGUACUUUCUUCUGGGUAGAGCAGGUUGGAGCUGUGUGUUGGGGAAAAUGUUUGAAUGCUGGAUCUCUAAGGAUGAAAUAUUAUGAGAUGGUGGCAGAAGUAGAAAGUUCCACAGUUACUUUUCCAUGAUUACUAAAAUGAAUGCUAAAAAAUGGAAAAGUAGCUCUGAGUUUAAAAACUCUUUCUCUGGUUCCCAUGCAGGAAAGCUUAAUGAGGCUGUGGCUAGCAUGUGAAAGCAGAACAAUAUUGAAAAUGUUAUCUGCCCUGGAAGUGGUCCUGUGAUAUAAGUUCUGUUCCUCAUUCCACAUACCUGUGUUUACUGUACAGAUCAGUGUGAGCCUGAAAGGAAGCCCAAUGCUCAGUUUUGCACACUGUAAACUCCUCAGGGCAGGUCUUACGAUAGAAACCCACAGUGGUGUUAACUGGGGCACUGUAAGUCAUGUGAGGUGCACGUGUGCUUAGUAAGGGGCCUUUCAAACAGGCUCCUAUUCUGUGGCUGCCAGGCUACUGACACAUGCACUUUUCAUGCUAGUGUGCCAAAGCAGCAGCAUCUGGACAUGGAUCCUUCAGCUGGAAGGUCUUUUAUGUCAAUUUAAACAGAUGCGAAUUGCACACUGAAUUGUGAUGAAAGUGGGCUAAACUGUGGUGGUUUUUCCUUACUUUUCUGAAUGGUGCCAUCCCCCAGCUGCUGCAAAGGCUGGAUUGCUACUGGAUUACUCUGUCAGUACUUUGGAUGGUAUUUAUUUCUGUAUUUGUAGUCCAAUAGCAACCAUUAGUUUAAAAUCUGUUGGCACGCUUUAGUCAGAGCUAGACUGCUAGAGCUGCUGGCAGGGGGCAGUGUUUAGCUUUGGCAUCUGUGAGGCCCUGCCACAUGAUGGCUGAAAUUCCGAAACAGCAGCUGUUACAGAAGCAGUGUUUCACAGACCCAGAUCAGCUCCUCACACACAGCUGUUCUAACAGCAUUUAAAUCACCAUUUCAGUACCUUUGUGGCUAGCCUGGCUCCACCUCAUGGAUGGAACAGAAGUCUUGGUGAAAGAUGUAAAUGCAACUCAUGUUGCAGGAACUAAAUUUUAGCGGGCUCUCUGCCAGGGUGACCAGAUGUCACGAUUUUAUAGGGACAGUCCCAAUAUUUGAGGCUUUGUCUUAUAUAGGUGCCUAUUACUCCCCCACUCCCUGUCCUGAUUUUUCACCCUUGCUAUCUGGUCACUCUACUCUCUGCUGCCUUUGUUUCUCAGGUCUAUGCAGGAUUUAACAUUACUCUGUGAUGCCUGCAUGCUAAGGGAACCGGUUAAAGAUGGAUACCGUGCUGCAUUGGGUUAACCACUCAGAUACCGGCUAUAUAAAAACACUCUUAAUCCUCGCUGUAAAACCCCAGUGUACCUGGGUAGCUAAUAACUUUUUCCUUCUAAGCUGCUCCUCCUGACCCUUUCUUCCCACGUUAUCUCAGCUCUAUGCUCCUGUGCAACCUGUCUUUAAUCAAGACAGUUUUGCCAGGGCUGAGGCUGGGGCAGGUGUCAUAGGCUCACUGUUCCCUUCUAAAUUAAAAAUACAGGUUAUGAUAGUCUUUUGGUACAAGUCUUAGGGCUAUCACUUUUUGUGUUGUUCUGUAAACAUUUGCUUCCCCCUGCGCUCUGAAUUAGGCUACAGCAUCGAGGAAAAGACUUAUUAUCCAAAGCAGAACUCUUACCCUUCUUUAAAUGUGGCUUUAUAAAAAUGAGUCUUCACUUCCUAUAAGAAUUUUGCAAGAUCAACUGAUUUGAUGAUCACAAAGGUGUGUAUGGUGGUUCUCAGAGAACCCCUUUUAUUUUAUAAAACUGCUCCUGCAGCCCCUUGUCCCUGUAUAGCAUGGGGCUGUGGGCAUUUAAUGGAUGUCAAAGGCUGGUCAUUGUCCUUGAAAUGCAGCAAACAUAGUUUGCAAUUUUUUUCCCAUUAGUAGGUAGAAUGCUUAAAAUUCUAGCUUGGUUCUUGUUCCCUACCUCCUGUGAUGAUCAGAAGUACAAAACACUGAAAGCAGCAUCUCUGGUUGGGUGCUAGAGCCUUAUUUCCUGAUAUAAGCCACCCUUACCAUGGUCUUAUUGAACAGUUGGCAUCUCCUCCUCUUCCCCACUGUGUACUUGAAGAUUAGCAAGUCCUGUAUGGGCUGGCCUCUCACUGUGCCAUUAGAACUGGCAUUGAGUUUGCUGCUCAUUUUGGAUGAGUGGAUGUGGGCCAUCCAAAGACUUACUGGCCCAGGACACGCUCUCUGCUGAACUAUCAAAUGGUCACUAUUAUAACAAUAAACCACAUUCAGACUUUCACCAGCAACUGUUGGGCCUAAACUAGUACCUGAUUAGACUUCUUAUUUCAGGGCAUUACAAGCAGUAGACUCUGGGUACAUAGAAAAGAAUAAGCUACUAUUCAGUGGUGCUGCGGAAGGGCAAAUGAACUAUUUACAUGUUUGAUGUAAAAAAUUCUAGGACUCAAAGAACCUGCAGGUACUCUACAUAAAAAACCACCUUAUCAUUCUGCCGUCAGUGUUGAUUCAGCCCUUUGUCCUCCCUGAAGUUCCAUGCUGUAUGUGGUUUGUGACUUUAAUCAAGGACUCGUCUAUUCCACAUGGUUCUGUGGCGGUUUGCUGCAGUAUCCUUGCCCUCAAAUUCCUCCCAUGUCCCUCGCUUGUACAGUGUGCUCUGUAUUGAUGGGUUACUGUGCUGCAUUUCUGUCUAUGUAUGAAGUUUGUGAUGCACAUUUGAUUGAAAGAUCUUGUAUAAUUAGUGCAAGCAGGAAAUUUACAACCUCCUUGAUAGUCAAAUCAGGUUUUUCAUGUAGGGAAUCGCCCCAUAGCAAAGUAAGAGGCUUUCAGUACAAUAGGGCAGGAGGCGGGGAAUCCUAGUGAGCGUAUGGCUGCGACUUUUGUACCUGGGAUGGUUAUGCAAAUAGUGGGAUGCUGUCUCCAACAGAACUGAAGGGUGGCAUGUAAGCAGUGUUAUCAGGAAGUCUGUAUUUGUGCUGAUUUUACGACUUGCAUACAUGCUCAGCACACCAAGAGUUAUUAGCAAUGUGCUGCAUUUGGCUGGGCUAGAAGGGUCUCUGACCUGCAGAAUGAUCCAGUUGGAGGGGCUGAGUGGCUGUAUCAUAAACUAAGAUUCAAAUGGCCAAAUCACAACUUCAAUCCACAGGUUGUGGUGGGCAGGGAGGGGAGUAAUUUAUGGCUAAUGUGCCUGCCCUCCCACAUCCUGGUCCUUGCCUGGUAUCCUGCUGCGAUCUGUAUCAUGGCUUGCUGAGUUGUCCUUUGCUGUAUGUUCAGUAGUGACCAGAUCUGUGGUUGAUGAUGUUGAAACUGGAGGCAUGGCAAAUGCACAUGAGGUUAGAACUAAUUUGACUGGGGGAGAUUAGAUCACUGAGGGCUGCAGGUAAUGGGGGAGGUUUGGCCUAUUAAGUCUGAAGCUCUGUGCCACAGGAGCAGCCAUUAAGCUGGUGUACCCAUUGUGGGGUGACUUGAUUGUAUUCAGUUAACACAGCAAAGAGGAAUAAUGCUCUUCACUGCAGCAAAUACUAGCGGAAAUUCUCUGGUCUGUGUACUGUAAAGGGUCACAUUGGUGCCUUCGCUGUCUUUUCAGCCAGGACUCUUAAUACCCACCCAGUGUUACUACCUCAUAUAACCAUGCACUCUCUUUUCCCCAGCAAUGGUGAGCAGUCAGGACUGAGCUGCUGGAAGGAGUUGUCCCGUGGAGCACAGUUGUAAAAGUUGAUAUUUUGGUUUAGGAGUUCCAUUCCCAGCUCGGACACUGCCUCUCUGUGUGACCUUGGGUGGGUCACACUGUCCCUUUAUGCCUCAGUUCCCCCAUCUGUAACAUCAGAUAAGGACAGCUUUCUCCCAGCAGUUUUGUGAGUGUGAAUGAAUUUCUGUGAAGGACUCUGCCCUCUUCUACAUCCUUCUGCAGGAGGAUCACAAAGUGUUGUUGGGUUUAGCAUAAAAUGGAGUGAGGGAAAUGGGUUGAGAUGGCCAUUGAAGGAGAGGCUUAGUUGUGUAACUGUGAAUCUUUUGGGUUUGUGUCGCCACCAUGUGUGGCAUUUGAACAAACUUAUCUGGGAAAAUGCAUCUUUCUAAAAUACUACAGGAGUUAUGCCAAGAGGCAGGGUGACGGCUGGGAAGAAGGGGACACAUGCUCUUCUAUUUAAUAAAGCGUUUCUACUUAAUAAGCAAUACUGAGAUACUUGUCAUGCUGGUAUUCAACUGCCAAGAUACAAGUUUGGGGGCAAAAAAUCAUUUAGAAAAGGCUCAUCUAAUUAUUUUUAAAAAACCCAAUGCCUUAGGAAGCAGCCGCACUGACACCGCCUUUGUACUGCCAAGGCAGAUGGGUUGAGUGGAGUAUUGGAAGUAUCAGUGCAAAAUGAGGUAUGCUCUGCAGAGACAGGCAUUGGAGAAUAGAUGGCUUUGCUCUGAGACAAAAAAAAAAAAAAAAAAUCAAGCUCAGCCGAGUUUAGUGGUGCUAGGUCUAUCAAUGGCUAAUAGCCAGGAUUAGGAGGGAUGUAAAACCAUGUUCUGAAGUGUCUCUGUUGCCAGAAGCUGGGAAUGGGUGACGGGAUGGAUUGUUUGAUUACUUGUU